GAUUGCGUUUGUUUCUGGUAGCGGCGAUUUGUUGUUUGUUUUGUGGUGUUUAAAACAGAUUUGCAACUUCAACAACUUUCGGUGCAAUAGUGAACGAACAGGACUUCAACGGAGAGCAUCUGGUUCCCGUGGCGGGGUUCUGUUUCGAACCCAAUAAAGCACAGGAAAACGAUCCGUUGACGGAAGGCAUGGCGACGGAUGCGUUGAACGAACCGCUGCUGGUGAGCGGAGGCUACGACCACACAAUACGAGUAUGGCAGCCGUACUCCGGCGUCUGCCUUCGAACCAUGCAGCACACGGACUCGCAAGUGAACUCGAUCGACAUUUCACCGAAGCGCAACAUGCUGGCCGCCUGCGGCUACCAGCACAUCCGGCUGUACGAUCUGCACUCCAACUACCCGAUCGUGAACUUUGAAGGGGUGACGAAAAACGUGACCAGCGUCGGUUUCCAGGAGGACGGCAAGUGGAUGUACACCGGUGGCGAGGAUGGGAAGGUGCGCAUCUGGGACAUGAGCUCCCCGAACCCGUCCUGCAAGCGCAUCUUCGACUGCCAGAGCCCGGUGAAUGCGGUCUGCCUGCUGCCGAACCAGGUCGAGCUGCUGAUGGCGCACCAGGGCGGCGGCAUCUACCUGUGGGACGUCAAGUCCGACCAGCACGAUCACCUGCUGCCGGAGGUGGAGUGCUCGAUCCAGGACGUGGCGGUCAGCCCGAACGGCACGUACAUGGCCGCGGUCAACAACAAGGGCAACUGCUUCGUCUGGACACUCAGCAGCUCGAGCGCUGGCGGGGUCGGCGAGGCGGACACGCAGCUGACGCGACCGGAAGCGAAGCUGAAGAUCCCGGCACACGAGAAGUACGGCCUGCGGUGCCGCUUCAGCCCCGACUCGAGCAUGCUGGUGACGUGCUCCGGCGGCAGCACGGCCCGCAUCUACCGCACCGACACCUGGGCACUCCACGCCGAACUGCGCAUCGAGCGCUUCUGGAUGUGGGACGCCAUCUUUAACAACGACUCGAAGUACCUCUUUACGGCUUCAUCGGACCACACGCCGCGACUCUGGCGCAUCGACACCAAAACGAUCGAACGGGAGUACAAUGGCCACUCGAAGGCAGUGACCGCGCUCGCGUUCCGCGACGAACGCAUCGACACGCCGGCGACGGAAAGCGGCCUCGGUUUGUCCUCCACCCAUUAGCCAAUUUGGCGGCUUAGAUCGGCUCGCAAACGAGAUACUCGCUAAAAAACAAA